GAGCCGGCCGUGGCGGGAAUUUCACCUGCUUCCGGUUUGGCGUGGCCGGCGCCGCGUCCCGGGUGCGGCGCGCGGUCCUACGGGCGGUUUUCCGGCGCCGUCGCCCGCCCGAGCGCCGCGCUGGGGCGGAGCGGGGCGGCGGGGUGUGUGCACCCGCGGCCCGCGCCAGGGAAGCCGCGAGGGGUCCGCGCCCUCACCUGCCGCCGGGAGCGAGCGAGGACAGCACUGCCAGCGCCGGGGACGCUCCUGUCCGCGCCCGGAGGUCUCCGCAAGUUUUGCCUUCGCAGGUUUUUGUUUAACUUUGUGUUUUUCCCCCGUGUGCUAAGGGGGCAUUUUGAGUCUCCGAGGUAGCCCCUUACCUUUCAGCUCGUCCCGGCUUCUCUUUGGAGCCUGAAUGAGAACUGAGCGAACCGCGAAGGCUUUCCAGGGCAUGAUGUAAAUCAUGGAUGGCUGUUCUGCAGUACCAACGUUCAUGACUGACAGCUUAGAGUUGGAGCUGGGGACGGAAGGGUGCAAACCCCCUUGCUUUUCUUGCGCCUUUGACAACAGAGAAGGAAAGUAUUUUUCUGGAGAUUCCUACCUUGCCAGCGGCGCCCUUAAGAGGUUAAUUUUAAAUCUUGAUCCAUUGCCAACUAAUUUUGAAGAGGAUACAGUAGAACUAUUUGGCAUCCAGUGGGUUACUGGAACAGCAUUAGUAAGUUCCUGUCGAGAGCUCUUUCAUUUAUUCAGGCAACAACUAUUUAACUUGGAGUCCUUAUUACAAGUCAACUGUGAUUUUGGGAAGAUAGCCACCCUACACUCCAAAGCAGACAGUAUUAGACAGACAUGUGUAGUGUUUCUCCACUACAUUAAAGUUUUCAUCUUCAGGUAUCUGAAAGUGCAAGAUGCUGAGAGUCACAAUCUCCCUGUCCAUCCCUAUGAGGCUUUGGAAGCUCAGCUUCCGUCGACGUUGGUUGAUGAACUUCAUGGAUUACUUCUAUAUAUUGGACAUCUAGCUGAACUUCCCAGUGUUACUCUAGGAGCAUUUGUAAAUCAAAACCAGAAUAAGCUCUUCCCACCAUCGUGGCAUAUAUUACAUCUCUACUUAGAUACACAUUGGCUGGUGCUGGAAAUACUUCACAUGCUGGGUGAAAAACUGAAACAUGUUGUUUAUGGUCGUCAGUUUAUCAGUCAGGCAGGUGACAGUUUAACCAAUGUCAGCCUAUUUGAACAACAUUGUGAAAAUCUUCUCUGUGACUUAAUAAGUCUGUCACUCAAGAUAUAUGACAAGGUUAGGCCUUCAGAAGCAUUAUCGAUUAAUCACUACCCAUGCUCCUGUGUCAAAGAGUUAUGGGUUCUACUUAUUCAUCUUCUAGACCACAGAAGUAAAUGGACUGUUGCAGAAUCAUUUUGGAAUUGUUUGAAUAAACUACUUAAAACACUUUUUGAGAAACCAAGUGACCAAAGAAGACCUUCUGUUUCUCUAACCCAGGCCAAGGAUCCGUUAGGCUUUAGUUGGUGGAUUAGUGUUCACGUAGCAUCAUUGUACCAUAUUGAUCGCCAUGGUGUAUCAGAUGAAAUGAGACAGAUGGAGUCGAACUGGAGCUUUGCAGAAGAACUCUUGAGACAGUCCAUCACUGUGCAGGAUAGUAUACUGGAAGAACAGCUACGAAUGCAUCUUCAUUGUUGUUUGACACUUUGUGAUUUCUGGGAGCCAAACAUUGCAGUUGUCACCAUUCUGUGGGAAUAUUAUAGUAAGAACCUGAAUAGCUCCUUCAGCGUUUCUUGGCUUCCUUUGAAAGGCCUCACUAAUAUCAUCAAGUCGUCGAUGUCGAUGCUCACAAUGGCGAAGACCUACUGUUCUGAUGAACGAGAUCCUGACCUUUGUAAAUCCAGCAGCAGUUACAUCAUUUUUCUUUGCAUUUUGGCAAAAGUCAUGAAGAAAGCAAUAAAGAAUAGUGGCUCUCAUCCUUGGAAACAGCUUAAAGGAAGAAUAUACUCUAAAUUUCAUCAAAAACGAAUGGAAGAACUAACUGAAGUUGGCCUACAGAACUUUUUCAUCCUUUUUCUACUGUUAGCAGCUGUUGCAGAGAUAGAAGAUGUAGCAAGCCGUGUUUUAGAGCUCCUCCGUUUCCUCAGGCCUGCCUCCACGCCAUCUCAUAGAGCCCUUGUUUGGAAGGGUCAGAUGGCAUUCCUCCUGAUGUAUGCCCAGAAAAACCUGGACAUGGCUGUUUGGGCUGAGAAACUGUCAUGUGAGUUCCAAGAGAAAGCCAAGGAAUUCUUGGUGUCUAAGAAUGAUGAAAUGGCCCAGAGGCACACUCUGUGGACACUGCUCUCCAUCUACAUUGAUGGGGUUCAAGAUGUGUUUGAGAGCAGCUGCUGCUUAUACGCUGCUCACGCGCAUCUUCUCAAUGAUGGAUUUAGCAUGCUGCUGCGAGCCUGUGGGGAGUCUGAGCUUAGGAGAGUGCUGAGCUUUCUACAGGCUGUGCUGGCUAGAAUCAGGAGUGUUCAUCAGCAAUUGUGUCAGGAGCUUCAAAGAGGGAACAUGGACCUAAUUGCGCAGUCUUCAUUAUCGGCUAAAGAGCGCCACCUUGCUGCAGUCGCUAGCGCACUGUGGAGGCACUUUUUUUCAUUUCUGAAGAGUCAGAGAAUGACCCACGUUGUGCCCCUUGCCCAGCUUGCAGAUGCUGCUGCAGAUUUCACUUUGCUCGCAGUGGAUAUGCCAAACACAGCACCACCAGGUCUUCAGCCUCGGCCAGCAAUAUCAAUAAUUCAGCUUUUUGGUUGGGAUGAUAUCAUCUGGUCACAAGUUGUAGCAAGAUAUCUAAGUCAUUUGCUACAAAAUAGCACAGUAUGUGAAGCACUUUCUCAGUCAAGUUCUGUGUCUUUUCAAUCCUUAACUAUAAGAUCGUGGAUCCGUUGUGUUUUGCAAAUGCACAUAAAGUACCUCUCUGAACCUGAUUUGUUGCUUGAUUUGAAUCCUGAGCAGGUAGUGGAAAAAGAGUACAUGGAACAGCUGGCUGAAAUGACAAGAUUACUGUUUAAACUCUCAGAAGUAAAGAAUAUCUUCUCAAAGGCUCAGAUUGAAUAUUUGCCCAGUCCAGGAGACCCCAAACAAGCACUUAUUCAAUUCCUUGAGGCUGUUGGUGUAGCUUAUGGGACUAUCCAGACAUUUUCUGAUAAAUCUGCCAUGGUCACAAAGGCUUUAGAAUAUCUUGGUGAAGUUUUGAAAUAUGUAAAGCCUUAUUUGGGGAAAAAAAUUUCCAGUGCAGGCCUGCAGCUGACUUAUGAGAUAAUGGGAAUUCUUGUUAAAUCAUGGGCACAAAUCUUUGCCACCUCUAAAGCACAGAAGUUACUGUUUCGGAUAAUCGAUUGUUUACUGCUGCCGCACACGGUGUUGCGGCAAGACAAGGAGUUGCCUGCACCCAUGCUGACUGCAAUUCAGAAGAGUCUUCCUCUGUAUCUCCAGGGUAUAUGUAUUGUGUGCUGCCAGUCUCAAAGUCCAAGUGCCUACUUGAAUCAGUUGCUGGGUAAUGUCGUCGAGCAGUAUAUCGGGCGGUUUCUCCCGGCCUCACCCUGUGUUUCGGAUCUUGGACAGCACCCUGUUCUGUUUGCACUGAGAAGCCCUGCCUCUGUUCCAUCAAUGAUGCCUCUCAGAAAGCACAUUGUCCACGCCAUAAGGAAAUCCUAUCUUGAGUUUAAAGGUUCCUCACCCCCUCCUCGCUUAGCAUCCACAUUGGCCUUCAUCCUCCAGCUCUUCAAGGACACCAACAUGGAUAUUUGUGACCUUGAACUACUCCUUCCUGGCAUCAUAAAAUGUUUGGUGUUAGUCAAUGAACCCCAAGUUACAAAGCUGGCCACAGAGAACCUACAACGCAUGGUAAAAACCUGCCAAGUGGGGUCAGAAGGAGAGCCUGCCACCCAGCUGACUUCUCUGUUUAGGCAGUUCAUCCAGGACUAUGGUAUGCAGUACAGUUAUCACAUAUAUAGUAUCCUAGAGACAGUAGCAGCACUGAAUCAGCACAUUGUCAUCCAACUGAUUCCUACCCUCACUCAGUCUCUGAAGCAUUCAGAGCUGAAAUGGGGCCUUGGCAGAAAUAUUGCACAAAGGGAAGCUUAUAGCAAACUUUUAUCUCACCUAGGACAGGUGGGGCAGGAGGAGAAGCAGAGCCUGGAAAGCAACAACCUAUGAUGCUGCUUUGUGCGUCUUCCUGUCUGAUGUCUCUUGUCUACAGCUGCCUGGGCCACCCCAGCUGGUCAACCUUGAUUAAUUGUGUAGUGUUGUAUCACAAAUAAUUUCCUUCUUUCCUGUAUGUAAAAAAUAUAUAAAUAAGGAAUGAAGGCUAAUUAGUAACUGUAUAAUAGGAUACUGGAACUUUGUAAAACUCUGCUCUGUCUUGAAGAGAUUUUUAACUAAAUUAAAGACUUUUGAGCCAGAACAUUCUCUGUGAAUGUCAUCCAGAGUGUGCUGAUACCGUACUUAGUGCUACCUAGUGACUGGCUUGUUCUUCUC